ACACACACACACACGCACACAAGGAGCACUAGAGCCUUAGAGCCUGUACAGUCCCAUAUAAGGUAUUGCUGAUGAUGUAAUGGGCGCCACUGGCUGUGAGUGAGACUCCGUGUGCAGAGAGCACUUCUCAUAAUGUUUGGUUUUCUGGAUGGAAUGUCCACAUCAUUGGGAUCUCCGGGAGAGGGAGAAGGGAAAGACUAGAGUCACAUUAUUCUCUGAGGAUUUUAAAGGACAGGAGGCCAACAGCACAGACUUAAGCUCCUGAAUGUAAAGGAAAGAAAAUAUCAAGAAAUAAAGGAGGAGAAAAAUGAAAGAGAAGUCUCAGCUCUGAAAGAGGAGCUGAAUAAGCUGAAGGCUUUUGCUCUGCUGGUUGUAAAGGAGCAACAGUGUCUAGGUGAUCUGCUGGAGGAGCAGAGGCAUUGCGUCAAAGAACUGACCACUACCACAGACCGCAUCAAGCAUAACGUCAGUUCUGCUUACUCUAGUGCAAACAAGGAGCAGCUCACUUCCCUGCAAAAAGUUUCCAGCUUCAAACAAAGCCGGAACACCAUGACAGCCCAAAGUGUGCUGUCAGAGGUGGAGGUACUAAGGAGAAGAGUCGUGGAAAUGGAGGGGAAGGACGAGGAACUGAUGCGGAUGGGGGACCAGUGUCGAGACCUAGACCGCAGACUAGCGAGGGAGAUCAGCCAUGGCCGUAGCCUGAGGGUUGAGGUGGAUAAACUCAAUGGAAGAAUCAGUGAAUUGGACCGGCUAGAGGAGGCUUUAAUUAGGAGCAAACAGGAUUGUAGUGUUCUGAAGGGGAACUUAGAUAAAGAGAGAGAGGUUAGCAAGAUGCUGUCAGGUGAGCUUGAUACUUUGAGAGUCAAGGUGAGAGACCUUGAAGCUGCCGAGAGCCAAAUGGAAAAAAAUGAAACAACGAUUAGACAGGACCUGACAAAGCUGAGGUCACUGACUGUGGCUUUGGUGGAGGACAGAAAGAACAUGGCUGAGAGGCUACAGCAGGCUGAGGAAAAACUAAACAGGAAGGAGGGCAAGCACAAUGAGCAAAGCAAUUUGACAACAAUGACAGAAAGACUAAAAGAAGAGAGGCAGCAGACUUUCAGGUCUCAAGCAGAUUUAGAGGAAAAGCUUAAGGGUAUAGCAAAGGAAAAAGACGAGCUCCAAGACAGACUAAAAAUGGAAGAGGGGAGGAACAUUGAGCUACAGAAUAAAGUUACCAUAAUGAGAAAAAGAUUACAGGUCUUGGAAAAUAGGAAAGAGAAAGAGGAGAAGUACACACAUGGCUCUAUUCCAAACAAUGCCAACCAUCAAUGCCAAACAGCAGACAACAAAUUCAAAGAACUGACUGAGGAGCUAGACAGGCUGCGGAAGAGACUCCGGGACAAAGAAGUGUUGGAGGGAGAGCUGUUGAAUGUGGUAGAGAACUUUGAGUCCCUGGAGAAGAGGUUCAAGGAUGAACAGAGGAGGUCCAAGGCUCUAACAGAAGACCUUGAGGUGGCAAAGAGGGAACUUUCCAGGUAUGAGCAAGCAGAGAAGCAAGAAGUCAACCAGGAGCACCUCCUCCUCUGUCGUCUUCAGAAGGAGCAGGUUAAGUCCAGACUUUUAGCCAGAGAAGUAGAUACCUUGAAGGAGAAACUCCAGCAGCUGAUGGGGACUGAGGAGUCCAUUUGCAAAGUGCAGACAGACCACUCCUCACUACAAAGGAAAGUGAUCCAGCAAGAAGCCAGGAACAGAGAGUUGGCCAGAGAGAUGAAAGAACUGGCCAGCGAGCUAGACAGAUAUAAACAAGUCAAGAAUCGGACACCUGGUGCUGACAGAAAUGACUUUUCAGACUUCCAUCAGACCACCAAAGGGGUACAAACUGAGCCAGUAGACAGUCUGCCUCCUGACUACGGCAAGCACAGUGAGAAACAAGAUGAAGAAAAUGACGACAAGGACCCAAAUUGCAAUGCAAAAGUCAUAAACAGAAGACCUUCUCUUCUUCUCAACAAUCUCAACAGCUUGAACAGUGCAAAUAACAACAUGAGCCAAUACAGUAGCCAUUCAGGUAACAGCAUAGAUAUGCACCAAACAGUUAAUGGGGAGGUUAUGAUGUUAACACACACACGAGGGCAGCCCUUGCACAUCAAGGUAACACCACAUCAUAUACUUAACACAGCAACACUCGAGAUUAGCAGCCCCACUGGAGACACAGCCCCAUCCUACACGAGCACGGCUGUAAUCCCAACAAGUGGAGCCUCACCCAAGCAGAGAAUUACCAUCAUCCAAAACUCAAGUCUGCCUGCAGCCAGUAUUAAAUCCCCCCCACCAAGCCCCGACCGCCCCAUCUCCCCACUUCAUGGCACGACCAUAACUCGGGUGUUAAGUCCAAAUUCAUCACGCUCUGUGACACCUGACCUCAACGGCUCCCCCAUUCAGAUUGUAACUGUCAGGACCUGCUCCCCAGAGCCAAUUGAGGCUGCAAAUCAGGCAGUUUUUUGUAAAACCCCAGAGUGGCAGAACAGCUGGCAACAUCAGAAGUCCAACAGUGCAGACACAAGUCCCAGUAUUAUCACCACAGAAGAUAACAAGAUCCAUAUCCAUCUGGGGAGCCCUUAUAUCCAGUCUGUCAAUGGUAUGACCCACAGCCAUUCACAACCUGAUGGACAAUACUAUCUUAGACAUGAGCAAAGGACUCAAGUACUCACCAGUGGCUGCCAUGUCAAAGGUGCUGGCAAGAUUACAAGUAGCAUCACUAUAUCCCCUGCUACCUCUCCAGGCUCACACCCCUCUAAUAUUACAAUUCCUCUGGGGUCACUGCAGAAGCCUAAACCAACAAUGAUUCCCAAGACCAAAGGAUAUGGCACAAACAGACGAUGCAGGACAGAAAAACAGAAAACCUCCCACCGUCCAUCCAGCAAAAUCACUGACUGAAGUCUAGAUGUUAGAUUUACAUGAUGCAAGUUAGUAUCAUGCAUAUCAUAUAAUGCAUCCCUUACUUUAAGUGAUAAUACUGUAUGUCUGACAAUAAGUCUGCGUAUUUUCAUGAAAAGAGUCAUUUUUCAUUUAGACAUCCAGUGGUCUAACACGACCAGGUCAAUAAUCCUUGAAGCACACGAGGGCCCUCUAUUGGUAUGCAGAGUGUAUGAUUUUGCAAGGGCAGCCACAAAAACCUUCCUAUGAAAACAGAUAACAUGUGCAGAUAAUGAAGGUGGGUAUGGUGGAAUGUCAAUAGCUAAACACCACGUAUGAGAGAAAUCUAGUUAAUUGUGACUUUCAAUGGCAUAUGAAGGAGAAACAAUGUUAGAAAGAAGCGAACAACUAGUUUCCCUUUCCAAACAUGCACACACACGAGCACGUGUUAUCAUAACAACCUGUGCUGAAAACGCCAAAUCUUCCAGUUUUAACAAAUUUAAGAGAAUGUAAUCAAACACCCAAUUCUGCGUUGUGGUUUUUAAACUGCCGGUUCUCUCAGACUGGAAACUUAAGUGAGAAACUCCCUAGCCACAGCUGGCUCGUGUACGUUAGCAUACAGUUAGCUUAGACUUAGCUUAGACCCAUACUUUCUCGCGAUAUCUUAGAAGCUAAUGUCACAUUACAGCUAACAAGACCCCGAAACACCGCACAUUUGUCUUUAACAUAAUGAGUAAACUUACUAAAUCAAUUACCAUCGUGUUGCCACCACUCGUCACCCAAGUCGUCUCCCAUUUUCCUCGCCCAGAUGUCCGUCCAAUCCAAAUCUACCGCUGCGUGAGCAUGGUGGGGGUGUGUUCACAAGCAGCACGUUGAACUGUUUCAAAUAUCAGCAGCGGCAUCAUCAUGGUUCAGUGCUACCUUCUCAUAUGGGGACCAGGAGUUAAAGUAGUUUUAAUUUCUUGCCGGUAUUGUUGCCACAGCCUUCACUUCAUAUUGUUCACUUAUCCUCAGCUUCAUCCAAUAUUAAUAUUUAUAUAUUUAUAUUAAAGAUAUGUGUU